CCAUGCCGUUUGGCAUUGGCCCGCUGGCGAUACGCUAGUACGCUACCCUUCUUCGAGCUUAACCCGUCUCGCCCGCUUUCGGUGGUUUUCACAAUCCCGAUAGGAACAGGGAGAAACAUAGAACGAGAGAAAUGUCAACUCUAAUCACGAUAGCGGAAGAACAACGACAACCUCUUCUUCUCGAUCCUUCCCCUGACGGAAACGAAGAAGAGAUCGCCGCUUCCUCAUCAUCGAACGGACCAGAUGCCCCUAAACUUACUCUCGACGACUCUAAUCAACGGCUCCUAUCUCUCGACGUAUUCCGUGGCCUCACCGUCGCGUUGAUGAUUUUGGUUGAUGAUGCUGGAGGGGCUUUUCCAUCUAUCAAUCACGCUCCAUGGUUUGGUGUGACAAUCGCCGAUUUCGUGAUGCCCUUUUUUCUUUUUUGUGUUGGGGUCUCUAUUAGCCUUGUAUUUAAGAAAUCUUCUAGCAAAACAUUGGCUACAAAGAAAGUUAUAUUGAGGACGAUCAAACUUUUCCUUCUGGGCUUGUUUCUACAAGGCGGGUAUUUUCAUGGGCGUGACAAUUUAACAUAUGGAGUUGAUGUGGUCAAGAUACGAUGGCUAGGUGUACUACAGUCUGCUCUGCAAAUUCAAACUGCCUGCAGAGGCUCUCCCACAGUGCACUGCCUGUGCUGCCCCUGGGGACUGGCUAUUGGAAUUGUGUUUGGCUGGGCUGCCUGCUGGCCUGCUAGUCUGUCUGCCUGGCCUUGCGGGGUGGCCUAUCUGCCUGCAUGCUGCCUGGCCUGCCUGCAUGGGUGGCCUGUCUCCUUGGCACCUCCUGUCCAGCAAAGGGGGUUUUCAUCUGAACCAAGCCACCUUGUGCACCCCCGAGCCCUCUGCAUGCAGAGGAUAUCAAUUGGAUAUCUGCUGGCUUCAAUAUCAGAAAUCUGGCUUGUUUACAAUGUUGUGGUUGACUGUCCAACAGCAUUUGUUAGGAAAUAUCAUGUUCAGUGGAUUGUUGCUGCCCUACUAUUAUCAUUUUACAUGUGCUUGCUCUAUGGCCUUUAUGUUCCAAACUGGGAAUUUCAAGCUCCAAGCCUGAAUCUGUCCACUAAUGGAUCCCAUACUCAAAUUGUGCACUGUGGAGUCAGGGGGAGCCUUGAACCUCCAUGCAAUGCAGUUGGCUACAUCGAUCAGUAUUUUCUGGGUGAACAGCAUCUAUAUCAACGUCCUGUUUAUAGAAGAACAAAGGAAUGCAGUGUCAAUUCUCCUGACUAUGGGCCUCUGCCACCGGAUUCACCUGAAUGGUGCCUUGCACCCUUUGACCCUGAGGGCAUUUUAAGUUCAUUAAUGGCUGUCCUCACUUGUUUUGUGGGAUUGCAUUUUGGACAUGUACUUCUGCAUUAUAAGGGACAAAUGCAGAGAGCACUUUUAUGGUCCAUGUCUUCCUUUCUGUUGCUAGUUUCAGGAUUUGGAUUAGAGAUGCUAGUUUGUUUUGUACAAUUGAUGGCUGGUAGGUGUAACAGGCAUUCCUCUCUCCAAACCACUGUACACAUUGAGCUAUAUGUGCAUCACUGCUGGAGCAUCAGGCUUGUUCUUAACCAUUAUCUUCUACAUAAUGUCAAACAUUUUAGAAAGCCUGUGGUGUUACUUCAGUGGAUGGGAAUGAAUGCUCUCAUCGUAUAUGCUUUGGCUGCUUGUGACAUUUUCCCAGCGGCUGUGCAAGGUUUCUAUUGGCGUUCACCGGAAAAUAACUUGGUUGAUGGUAUGGAAUCAUUGCUACAGGCCAUGCUUCAUUCAAGCAAGUGGGGUACCCUCGUAUUUGUAUUGCUCCAGAUCUUAUUUUGGUGUCUUGUUGCCGGUUUUCUCCACAUGAAAGGCAUAUAUAUAAAACUCUAGAAGAAUAAAAAAUAAAAAAAGAAAAGAAAUAUAGUACCAAAAAUUUUGAUAUUAGAUAUGUAUACUUUUUGCAUCACUUGUGAAAGGAUACACCGCCCUUGGAAAUCGAUUGUACGUAUUUGAAGCGUAACUUUUUGUUUUGGCAUUGUAAGAUUUCCAGCAGCCUGUCCCUGAUCUGUUCAGGUCACAAAGGGCUGGCACGAGCCCAAACAUUGAUCGGUCUACCCAAAUUUAGAAACUUGAUAUGCAACCAGAUGGGAGUUAGUGGGGCUUGGUGCAGAGGGUUCUUCUAGUAGGAAAAGAGAAUAUUUUGUAACGAGUGAAUUGAAAUGUGUUAGAGGUGGAGGAGAGAAAGAUUGGAACAGUCUUUGAAAUGUAAGUAUUUUGGUAAUAGGCGGUGAGAGAUAAGAAAAAGUGAAGGAAAUGAUGGAUUACGGCUAAUGGGAAUGACGGAAUAGAAAAAAUGUAUGGAGGAGUCUUGAGAGAAUUUUUAAGAUAUUCUUGGUUGAGUUUUUAA